AUGUCCCAGGCGAGCGUAAGCCAGUUUCGGCUGAUCGAUCUACCCAAAAGACUUCGCCUAAAGAUCUAUACAGAAUACGUCAAGAGCCGCAACGAAGAAAAGAGCCGAUCCAGGAUUUUUAUGCCGACUUGCCCGCUUUUGCUAGUGUCAAAACAAGUCCGAGAAGAAAGUUCACCGGUGUUGAUGCGCACAUUGACGCUGCAUCUCGACGGCUGGCUUCAGCACCCAAAACAUUCAUGGUCGGUGGACUUUCGCCCAGCUACACCCGAGCCAUGGACCCAUAAGACCUACCACCCGGGACUACUACAAAAAGACCCUCGUGACACACACCUCAGAAACGAGUGGAAGAUUUUCAGCGACUCGAACCUGGCAAAGAAUCAGCUUCAUCACAUCAGAUCACUCAACUUGCAUGUCGGGUUCUCUCGCAGUCAUGCUGGUCUCGAAUUCCACGUCGAUUUUCAAGCAGAAGGACCACCAAAGAUACUUACAUUCACGGAGGUCAGGGCCCACUUCAACAAGACUAUUCGACGGGAUGUUGAAUCACGACUCGUUUCGUGGCAGAACGGCAGCGAGACGGUCUGCUGUUCGGUGGAUUGGAUUGAGGCGUUCGCUGAGGAUAUGAAGAGCAUGCGGGCAGAUAUCCAGAGUCGUUACAAGAGUCCGUUCGUCCAGGACUAUCCUCGUGCGACUCGCGGCGCGCCACAUCAUCAUGGCGGACGAACAGUUGGAAAUUGUUUCUAG